CAUUCUCCGUGACACGCCGCUGUGUGCCACACUGUGUCCUGUCCGUCAGAAACGAUGGCGGCUGCAGGUUGUGACCUGGUGAGGACUCUGCUGUUCACCGUCAACACUCUGCUGCAGCAGGAGAAACACAAAGCGGCUCUGGCUGUUUUAAAAGGAUUCAGGAACGGAGUCGUGUACGGAGCUAAAAUCAGAGCCCCCCAUGCCCUGGUGAUGACCUUCCUCUUCAGGAGUGGCAGUUUGAAGGACAAGCUCAAAGCCAUCUUGAAGGCCACUUACACCCAUUCCUGUAACCUGGCCUGCUUCGUGUUCACAUAUAAAGGACUUCAGACCCUGCAGCAGAAGAUCCAGGGGAAGAGUUUACAGUCUCACUCCUUUCUGGCUGCGUGUGUCGGCGGCUGGUUGGUGUUUGGCAAUAACAACAGCAUCAAUAGCCAGAUCAACAUGUACUUGCUGUCCAGGAUCUUGUUCGCUCUGUCUCGUCUGGCCGUCGAGAAAGGAAUCAUCCCCCAACCCAAACACGACCCCUUCCCGCUCUUCGCCACGCUGGUGUGGGGCAUCGUCUUGUGGCUGUUUGAGUAUUACCCACACACCCUCCAGCCCUCGCUGCAGUCCUCCAUGAACUACCUCUACCACGACAGCAACGUGUGGCAUGACAUAACAGACUUCCUUAUUUAUAAUAAGCCACGGACAGUGGCUUAAAAAUGAAACUAGCUUUUUUUUCUGAUAUAAAACAGUAAAAACAACCGUGUCAUAAAUAAAUACAG